CCCACCGUUGUCAAAAGUGUUGCUUUCUUUGGUUACUUAGCAAACUGUGGCCGUGUCUGACCUCCUAUUUUCUCCUAUUGUACGAAAUAAUGCAUAUGUCAGGCAUUGGCAUUGGGGAGAUAGGAUACGGGCAGUGGCCUGGAGCAGGAUCAGUACAUGGCGGCUGCAAUCCUCGUAAAUUCAGCGAGAAAAUCGCCCUGCACACUCAGCGGCAAGCUGAAGACACAGCCGCUUUCCGAGAGGUUAUGAUGGACAUAACUUCCAUCAGGGUUCAGGCUGAGAGAGUUCGUGGAGGAUCGCUGCCAAAUGUCAACCAGAUUUCAAGAUGCUCCACAGAGACCCAGUUCCCCUGCAACUCAGACCCAAGUAAUCUCACCCAGCAUCUCCUAGAGGCAGAUGAAGGGUACAGAGACAUACAGCCCAGUCAUCUGGCCAAAUCACAGAGGAGACAUUUUGAUAGUGCGCCCUAUCUCUCUACUCACUUGUCUCUUCCUCGAGGUCCUACCUGGAAAAACUCCAACAGAAAUUGGUCCAGUUGUUCUGCCACUGAGAAGAGCCAGAUGGUCCCUCUUCCUCUGACAGCUCUAAAUAGAACCAACUCCGAUUCAGCCCUCCACACCAGUGUGCGAAACACCCUUUUGGAUGGCCGCCUGAAAUCUGCCCAAAUCCGGAACCCUCACACCAGGCACAGUGGGACAUAUGCACAUCCAGUGCCACUAAUUGAAGAAAAUAUUCAAGAGGAGACAACAUCUCCCAAACUAAAGAAGAUAUCCUCAUUGACAUCAUCAGGAUGUGAAACACCUGUUUUUCACAACUUCCCAUUGCCCGAUCAACAGGUCACUUCCCUCCUGGUCCCAUUGGCCUUCAGUUCCAGUGGCUCUCUUCCGGACCUGUCCAGCCUCCACCUGCCUUCUCCACUUCCUGUAGUCCAAGAUUCUGAGCCCCAAAGCGCCACUGCCUCUCAAAGUGGCACAGAUCACCUGAAUUACACUUCCACAAACCCCAAAAUUAUGGCUGACUUUAACUUACCAAGUCUGUCCUCAUCUCUUCAGGCAUCUUUAAGUAAUCCUUUACUCCAGUCUUCACUCAGCAGUCCCAACAUCCAGUCAUCUCUCAGCAGCCACUCCCUGCCCAGCUCUCUGAGCUCCACUUCCUUACACCUGUCACUUAGCAACUCCUCCCUACAGUCAUCACCCAGCAACCAUUCCCUGCAGUCCUCCCUUAGUAGCUCUUCUCUAAGUAACCAGUCCAUCCAAUCAUCAGCCAGCUGCUGCAGUUACAGCAGCGGAAUUGGCGGAUCUCACUCUUGCUCCUCCUCGUCUCUCUCUGGUUCACCCCGUGUAACUGGCCACGCCCAUGCCACGCCAUCACGGAAGAGGGCCCAGCUCAGCCCACUUAUUGUACCCAGUAUUGGAGAGUCCCGUUGGCAGCAUCCAAAGCAGUUUUCACCCACAGUGUCUCCAACCUUGUCUUCUAUAACCCAGGGUGCUCUCCUCAACCCUAACAAAGUUUUGAAAGAGACCAAGCCACCAGCAUAUCCCUGCAGUCAGCUCCUAAAAACUGCUCCACAAAUGUCCCAUCAGCCAGUUUGGCAGUAUUUUCAUCCAGAGGCACAGCAUCAGUCUAUCCCAGAGAUGGAACAGUGGAGUAAUGAACGCCAGCCACAACAAUCACAACAUCAACAAACACAUAGUCAGACACAACAGCACCACAUUCACAAACAGAGUCGGCAGCUACAGAAUCAUUCACAAUCACAGACUAAAUAUCAGCAGCAGUUGCAACAUUUUGCUCAGCAACAUUCACUGCAACAACACGCCUUACAGCAACCAAUCACCCAGCAACAACAUCAUCAACCGUACACACAAGCAAAUCGACAGUUUCAGCAUCAUCAGUUAUAUGAGGACCAGUACCAGCGCCCAGAUCAGUGGCAGUUGCCAUGCCAACAGGGCCCAUACCAAGGUCAACAGCACCAACAUCAUCAUCAACCUCCACCUUUGCCCACUUUAAGUCAAGAGAAAAGCUGGAAUCGUAUGACAGGCCCACCAGGCUUCCCAAACACACAAAUGAAAUGCCCACAUAGACACCGUAUGCAGACGCAAGAGCAAGCAAAGCCACAAUGUAAGGUCACUUUCAGUGAGACUCAAGGGGAGAGAUCAAGGAUCUCAGAUUCUGGGGAAAGAGAAAUCACUGCAAGCUCAAAGAAUAAAGGUUUUGAACUGAACAAGGAAUCAUAUGUCGGCUUACUCCUUACUCCUAGCCAGGCAAAGGCCCUCUCCCAGCAGCUUGUAGGGCUUCAAAAAGAGACUCUAGGUGGCAGUAGAGUGUCAGAUCUUAAUAUUCAAGCAUCAGAAAGCAAGAUUAUACUACCACAGCAUAACCAAAGCUAUAAUGCUGGAGAAACUGAAAAUAUUUUCAACAUUAACUUAUCAGAGCAAUCAUCCUGGCUGGACCAGGAUAUGUUAGGCCUGCCUGACUCAGUCCUGGAGUUCGAUCUAGAAACCUUUGGCUUGGACAGUGAGGGUCUUCCUUCUCUGGAAGAUUUGGGCUAUUCACAGUAAUAACCUUGCUAUGCUUGUAGUAUUAAAAGGUGUUGAAAAUAUUGCAUAUUCUAGGAAGCUACAGUCAAUUUUGAGUUUUUAACAAUAAACUUCAAAAUUGACAAUGAACAAAUGGAAUGAAAAUCAUUAAUUGGCUUAAAGAUCUCCCUUAUCUGACACACCCAAUUCAGGUCUUGGAGUUUCCACUAAUGACCUGAUGAGUUGAAUCAGGUGUGUUUGAUUGGGGAGAUAUCCAAAAUGUGUAGUGUUGGGGGGCCUCCAGAAACAGGGUUGGGAACCACUGCUUUAAAGGAACAUGAAAAAUACACUUAUAAAAAGAGUAAAAAGGGUUUUGCACACGGAGGUCAAAGAGAAUAGGACUAUGUGCCUAAAUAUGCAUUUUUGUUUAUAUUUAACUAUAAAUACAAUAGAAAAUAUAUAUUUGUUUUGUACUGAUACAUACCGUGAAGUCGUAUGUUGUGGUUUAGGGUGUGUACAAUUUCUGAACUCCGUAUAGCAUAGAACAACUAAUGGAAUUCACCAUUCAGUGUAAGAAAAUACCUUUGGCUAGUUUAGGGCCAGUUUCUUUUUAUUUAUAAUACUUUAUUACAAACACUUUAGUAAACUCUUUAAAUAUCAGCUCCAAACUUCAUGUCCAACUGAAAUUUGACUCAUAGCAUAUCCAUUUGUUUGCAUUUUAAAGUCUUGUGUUAAAAACGGGGUCAUUUUGUUGUGCCUGACUGUUGACAUCUGCCUUUGGAUUUUCAUAUUAUAUUUAUGUUGCCGUUUUUAGCAUUUAUAGCUAAAUUAUUUUUAUGUAUUGCAUUUUAAGACUUUGCUUUAUCACUCUCUGGUAGAGGUGAUAGUUUUUUUUUUUUGUUUUGUUUUUUUUUCAGUAUUUUUCUUCAGUAUAAAAUGUAAAUUAUCAAGAUGUUUUCAAAAUGCAUAUUGUAAUACACAUUUUCAUGAUUUACAAAAUAUGUUAGAAUUAACCUUAAUUUGAAAUAAUAAUAUUAACAUCAAAUAUUACAGAAACACCCUCUGUAAAAGUAUUGCAAUAAAAAGUGGACUAACACAAACAAAUCCAAGCAUACUGUUUCCAAUAUUCUUAAGUCAAGUCUAGUAAUUUUCAGUGUUAUAGUGCUAUUCACAAUACGCAGCUUUGCAGAACUACUAGUAACACUAUAGGGUUACUAGUAAUUUACUAUAUGGAUCUUUAAGUGAGGGACUGUUUUAUCAAUUUACAUCAGCCUUUCUUUUGUGAAACAUCUUAAGUGCCUAAAACUUUUGCACAGUACUGUAUAUGGGCAUUAAUAGGCAACUUGUACAUAUUUAAUAUUCUGUAAGGAGGUCAUCAUUUAGCAUAUGCUUUUAUUCAAAGGAACUUACAGGAACAACCCCCCUGGUUCAACAUGGGGUUAAACGCCUUGCCUGAGGGUACAAUGGUGAAAGUUUAUGCAUCAUCCCUUGAUCAGCUACACCAGCCCUAAUAAAGGCCAAGGUCUGUUCCUAGGUUCCUCAGACUUGCAUAGAUCUAGUACAUAUUUCAGAAUUCAGAGUCUCAGAUCAGGCAGACCUAUUUUACAUGAAAGCAUAUGUACAAAUUUAAAGGAAUAUUCUGUGUUCAAUACAAGUUAAGAUUAAUCAACAGCAUUUGUGGCAUAAUAUUGAUUACCACAAAAAAUUAUUUUGAGUUGCCCCUCCUUUUCUUUAAAAAAGCAAAAAUCUGGGUUCACAUUUUCUGUGUAAAGUUAUAGCCAAUUCCUAAAAUGACUGUAAAAAAUUAUGAUUUAAAAAACUUUACCGCUCAAAUAAUACAUGAAUUCUUCUGUUAAAACUCAUGUAAGUGCUUUUAUAAGAUUUUAAGCAUCACAUUUCUGCCUUUUAAACUCUCCAAAAAUUUGCCCCAUUCACUUCCAUGGUAAGUGCCUCACUGUAAAUUUUUGCUUCUUUUUCUUUUUUUAAAGAAAAGGAGUGACGAGUCCAAAUUAUUUUUUGUGGUAAUCAACAUUAUGCCACAAAUGCUGUCGAUUGAGUUUAACUUGUAUCGAACCUGGAAUACUCCUUUAAUCCAGUGGUCCUGCAGGAGAACAGUUGGUCGUUUGGCAGGAAAAUUAAAUGAAACGGUUUCUUAUUUUGUAACUUUAUUUAUUAAAACACUCUUUUUUAAUGUAGAAUAUAUAUUUUUUUAAAUGCUGUUAAAACUGCAUGUGUAUGAUGGUUUGAUGUGUUUGUGUUUGUCCAUUAUGGUAUCUUCUUGCAAUCUCUAAAAACACGCAUAAAAGAACAAAUCAUUAAAAAGAAAAAAUGAUUAAAAGCUUUUCCAACAUAGAGUAGACCAAGCUUAUUCCUGCAGACCUAUUAUAUUUUCUUUCCUAAUUGGUUUAUCAUUCUUCUCAGGUACCACAAAGCUGUGCACCAAAAAUGGUGUCCAAUCAUGCUGUUGUGGAAUUUUUUUUUAAUCUGAAUUCUCUGAAUAGCGGCUGUAGUCUAGCAGUUAUUGCACAUACUCUGACACAUUGAGUCGAGGUGUUCAUGUGAGCGAUGCGAGUUCAAAUCUGGUUAAUGGCAUUUUUUUUUUUUUUACCCCAAUCCCUCCUCCUUCCAAUCAGAACCUGUCUUCUCUCUACUGUAAGUAAAAGUGUCCUAAAGGAAAUAAUUCUUAUAUAAAAAGAAGAGCUCAAGUGCACAAUCCUUGCAACAGCCUAAGAACAUUUGCCUUACGGAUCUUUCUCUUGCUGACUCGAACUCCUUAUGUAUUUCCCUCUUUUUGUUGCUCCACAAGUCUCUUAUUAUGUCACAAGUUGCAUCUCUCUGUUUCAGUAUCUUUUGCUGUCUCUCUCUUAUGUCCUGGUGUAAUUGAUGCAAAAGCUCAGGUCUGUGGUUGCUUUGAUAUCCUUAAAGGAAUCAGUGAAGCUGGACCCAGUGGUAAAGAUAUAUAUGUAACACUAAAUAAUGAUAAUCUGAAAACAUGUUGUUCAACCUAUCUUUAAU